AUGUCUGCUUCAUCGAACCCAACAACGUUUCCUCUACAGGGUAAGGUUGCCAUCGUCACAGGCGCUUCGCGAGGGAUUGGGGCUGGCUUGGCGUUAGAGCUGGCGCGAAGGGGAGCAAACGUCACUCUCGUCUACACAUCGCCAAAGAGCGGAAAGCUAGCGGAAGAGGUUGCAUCAAAGAUCGAAUCGCUUGGCAAUGGUAGCGCAUCAAGAAUUGUUCAGGCGGACCUUAGACAACUCGAUGCGCCUGAAAAGAUUGUGUCGGCGACCAGGGAAGCGUUCGGUGACAAGAUCGACAUCUUGAUCAACAACGCUGGUGUUUUGAUGAACAGAUCUAUCACGGAGACAACAGCAGAAGACUACGCCGCCAUAUUCGACGUCAACGUUCGUGCGCCUCUUCUGCUAACUAAAGCAGUUGUUCCACAUCUACGAGCACCAGGCCGCAUCAUAAACAUGUCGUCCAUAGGCGCCCGCCUAGGUUUCGCGAACCUAACUCUCUACACCGCAUCCAAGGCAGCGAUAGAAGGCGUGACUCGGAGUCUGGCACAAGAGCUAGGCGCUGCAGGACACACCGUCAACGCGGUUGCGCCUGGCCCCACCGAAUCAGAGAUGCUGGACGAUGUGCCAAAGGACAUCGUGGAGGCCCAGUUGAAGCAAACUGCUGUUGAGAACAGGGUAGGGACUGUGGACGACAUCGCGAGAAUCGUGGCCUGGCUUUGUGGCGACGACGCGAAAUGGGUUUCGGGUCAGGCAAUAUCCGCAUCUGGUGGUUUCCUGAAGCUGUAG